UAGCACAAUGUAACCCAACCUAACCUAAACUAGUCAACUUUGUCGACUGUUCGAAUUUACUCGACAUGCGUUCGUGUAUUUUAAGGAGUUUGCUUCGUUCGCGGAGGGUAUUGCAUGAAUCUUUCAUCAAGGAUAAAGAAAUAUUAACAUACUCGCAAUUGAAACAAUCGAGACAAUUUUCAAAUAAUUUGGGAAAGGAAUUCGGCGGAGCAAACGAGAUCGACUCGCGAAAAGAUGACAAUAACCUUGCGGCUUCCGUUAAUGCCAAGUACAAAGUCUUUCACGACGAGGAGGCAGACGUUAUCCUCGACGUCACCGAGGAACAAUAUAAAGUCGACUUGAAAUUAUUAACCAAGCAAGAAACUGUUCACGAUCCCUACGCUGGCAUAAAUCUAAAACGUGGUAUUGCUGGCGUUUAUGAAAUCGAGGAUCUCGUUACGUUGCUGGAACUGAACAAAGCCAGACAGAUUUUUGUGGCCUCUGUGCCAAAAGAAUAUGCCUAUGUAGAUUAUAUUGUUGUUGUAACCUGUAUGUCAUUCAAACACAUGAGUGCUCUUGCCACGUUUGUACGCAAAGUUUAUAAAUUGAAACGAGACGAGUCUGAUAAAAUACCUAAGAUCGAAGGGGAAAAUUCAAAAGAGUGGAUAGCAAUAGAUUUAGGAAACAUUAUCUUGCACAUCUUUUCUGAAUCUACCAGAGAAUAUUAUGACUUAGAAACAUUGUGGACAGUUGGCUCACAGUAUGAUGAUAAGAGUAACAUAUCUAAAGAACCAGUUGAUCCAAUGGAUCAGUAUAAUGCCUUUCUAUCUGAACUUGAACCAGAGGAGAACAAAUAAUACAUGUGUAUAUGUAACAUAUGUGU